CUCUCAGGUAGUAGUUUCCUCUCUUCCACCCUGUUCACUCUCUUUACUGAGGCAGGGUGCCGAGACAGGGGCGGUCCCGGCGUGGAGCCCUGUGCCCUCCUUGCUAGGGAAAACGGGGCUCUUGGUGCCAAAGGCUGCCCAAGUGGCGCCACUGCAGUUCAGUUCAUGCAGAUGGUGUUCAUGUCUCUGUAGCUGUAAUGAGUCCAAGAAUCUCAAAGCUUUUGCAAAUACUUGGGACUGUUUACUAAUAUGGCUUGACAAAAUUGGGUGAUACCUAAAUUGGCACACUUUGUCUUUACUAAGGUUUUAUAUGUAUCUUUUUUUUUAAUGAAACACACUUUUAAAAAACACAAACCCACUGAUUGAACAGCCUCCGAGGUUCUUGGACUCAUCCUCCUUAUCUGCAGUAGCCUGUGUAGUCCUCUCAGACAAUCUAACCAUCUCUCUUUUUGGGUAAAUCAGUCCUGUUUAAUGUCUCAGGCUGUGCUUGUGUCCCGAGCCUCUCCAUAAGUUGACUGAUGUUUACAUGUGUAGGACCUGAAAGAUUUCAUGAGACAAGCUGGAGAGGUGACAUUUGCAGACGCACAUCGGCCCAAGCUCAACGAAGGGGUUGUUGAGUUUGCCUCUGGCAGUGAUCUGAAAAACGCCAUGGAGAAACUGUCUGGAAAGGAAAUCAAUGGCAGGAAAAUCAAGCUCAUUGAGGCAGCCAGGAAGAGGUCGAGAAGUCGUUCCCGGUCUGAGAGCUCUUCUCGCUCACGGUCCCGUUCCCGCGGUCGCUCCCCAUCCCGCUCCCCCAGACGCUCCCGCAGCCCCGCCCAUAAAACCCACAACCGCUCACGCUCCCACAGCGGCUCCCCCGCCGGUGGCGCCUCCUCCCCAACCCCCAAAUCAAAAGAGCCCGCCAAACGUUCUUCCAAGACAAGCAAAUCCGCUACCCCGCCCUCCCCUCCACCGGCACAGAGAGCCUCCGUCUCCCGCUCCCGCUCUCGUUCACGCUCCCGCUCUCGCUCCCCUUCCACUGACAGUCAGCGCUAAACGCUGCGUUUAGGUGUAAAGGGAAUCAACAGUAGACACAACUUGAUUCAGCCGUAGAAUCAGCGUGGAGGAGUUGGCACACUGGAGCUCCCAUGAUCCCCCUUCUGAGAGAGACGAGAGCUUCCCUCGAGUAAAGUUUUGUCAUAACUUUCAAGUUCCUCACAUGAAAUCACCGACCCAUCAUCAGACAGGAGCCAAGAUGCUCAAAUAUUUUAUCGUCAUCAUAGGAAGUUUAACACUUGUUACACAGUGAUGCUGUUUUUGUACCUGUCGUUACCCAUCCAGUCUGAACCCAUAUCUAUGUCGACACCCUCCGAAUUACUUCAUCCAAUCAGGCUGCAACUCCCCUGCUGCUGCAACUCCCCUGCCGCUGCACCGUCAUUGUCUCUUCUCACAAAAUCUCCAAAAUGCCCAGCGUCAAGUUUCACUGUCAUCUCGACACUUUGAAAAACUUAAAAGAGGGAAUCUGUCUUUUUUUUCGGCAGCACAAGGAUGCUUUUGAUAAGUCGUGUGACCACUUCCUUUAUUUUUAUUUUGCAAUGCGUUUGCGUGUUUUUGCUCGUCAGUCCUGAUCACUCGUUGUCCAAAUCCUUUCACCUCUUCUUCCCUUGUUUUCUGACCGACUGUAUCCACCACAGCCGGUGUGUUUGAUAUAUAUACCUGAUGAUGCUUGCAUGUGUUUUUGGUUUGAUUGGAUAUUUUUUUUACUUUAAAAAGUGUUUUGCUAAAGCUCAAUACCACCAUUGUUCCAGCAGGAAAACAGCUGUACAGUAAAUUAACUAUGUCCUGGAUCUUUUUUCGCAGUCGACUCACUUCUGUUUUGUCGGGAUUCUUUGAGGAUAAGGUCAACACUUUAAAAUGGUGUUGCUCCCAGAAUGCAGUUUGCUCUAGCAUUGUAAUUAAUGUUUUUAUUUUUUGGUUUAAGGUUUUUGUGUACAGCAUUGCAGACUUUUGUUUGACAUCAGUGUAUAAUGUGAUUCCACGAAUGCUUGUUGGUACUGUGACUGAUGUUACUGUGGUUUAAAUGAACGUGUAGACAAGAGUUUGGAAAAACAAACGAAAAAAAAAAGCAACAUUUUUGUACGUAAGGAUUUUAUUUUCAGUGAAAAAUAUGAUGGACAUUUGUAUGGUGUAGGAAGACGGUGGACUUAAUAAAACAGUUUUAACUAAAUCAUU